AUGGAAGUAAAAGGGCAAGAAAUCCUCCUCUCUUCUCCGCCUCCCAUCUCCUCCCCAAGGUGGUGGUCGUCGGAGACGGUGGUGGUGGUGACGGGAGGGAACAAAGGGAUUGGCUUUGCAUUGGUGAAGAGAUUUGCAGAGUUGGGAUUGAGUGUGGUUUUGACAUCAAGAGACAAAGAGAGAGGACACAAGGCUUUGGAUUUGCUAAGAAGCCAAGGAGCCUUUCUCCUCCAUGUUCAUUUCUUUCAACUAGACAUAUCAAACCCUUCUUCCAUCACAACAUUUACUUCCUGGUUCAAACACAAAUUUCAAGCCUUAGAUAUCCUUGUUAACAAUGCAGGUGUAUCAUUCAAUGAGAUCCAUGAGAAUUCAGUAGAGAAUGCAGACACUGUUAUCAAAACCAAUUUCUAUGGUUCUAAAAUGCUCACUCAGGCCCUCUUGCCCUUGUUCCGCCCAUCAUCACCUUCUUUCAGUGCUAGGAUACUUAAUAUUAGUUCAAGACUUGGGUCUAUCAAUAAGAUUAGGAACCCUAAGCUAAAAGAGAUGCUACAAAGUGAGAACCUAACAAUCGAAGAAGUUGAAGGCAUGGUGUCAUUGUUUCUUAAGAAUGUCAAGGAUGGGACAUGGAAGAGUCAAGGGUGGCCUGAAAUAUGGCCUGAUUAUGCUGUAUCAAAGAUGGCACUCAAUGGGUAUUCUAGGGUCUUGGCUAAGCUUUACAAAGACAAGGGUUUAUCAAUAAAUUGCUUUUGCCCUGGCUUUACUCAGACCUCCAUGACCGGCGGCAAGGGUACUCACACAGCCGACGACGCUGCCACGGUUGCUGCUAGCCUUGCCUUGUCCCCUCCCAAGGACCUACAAACUGGGAGGUUUUAUAUAGGUUUUCAUCGGCCGGGGAAAAUUAUGAACUCUAAAUUAUGAUGAGUUUUGGCACUUGAUUA